AUGGGGGUACAGCUCUCUUACAACAUCGUCCGGCACACGCCCUUGACGACCUACGCCGAAGUUGCCAUACUCUUCCCACAGAUGCUUCUCCUAACUGUCGUGGUCGCUUGGGCGGAUUCAAAGCUGGGCCUCCGCGUUUGGAUCGCGUGCGCUUGCCUUUGCACCGGGGUGGUGUUGAUGUCGACUGGGCUGGUUUCCACCACCGUCACCGCCGCGGCCUACGCAGCCAAUGCGCUGUUUGGGAUCGUAGCCGUACUCCCUCAGGUUGUCAUCAACUACAGGAACAAGUCCACUGGUCAGCUCUCUUUGCUGGUAACGGGGAUGACCUUUGGAGGGAUGGGAGCGCGCCUGUACACAACCUUUGUUGAAGUCGACGACAUUGCGCUACGAGCAACCAUGCUGCUCAAUUUCAGCCUGGUUUCAACGCUCAUGAUGCAGUUUGCCAUCUACCGCGACAAAGACACGCGUCCACUGCCUCCGAAGCCAACAGAGAUUGAGAUCGACUUGGAACCGGAAUCGCCCGCAGAGAGGAUGACGACUCCGAAGCCUUUCAAGCGCCAGAAUUCCAUGGUGCAGGCUUUCGCCAGUUUCGGAUCUUCCCGGUGCCUCUCUGAGAUGGUCGAUGCGGAGAUGAUGGAAAACAACGUGGCUGUCAUCAGAUCCAGAUCGAGUGCAUCUCUGUCUCAGUUCGCUAGGUCCCUGUCCUGGAGCGAGCCGCCCCCAGCGAGCAGUUCGGUACCUGAUUUGGACUCCUUCGAAAACCGCCAGGCCACCGCACCCUCAGCGCCCUUGCGCCGGAACUGA